AUGGGCAACCAGGUGAUGGAGCUCAUCCUCUUGGUGAACAGGUUGCAGGACGCCUUCAGCACCAUGGGCCAGAGCUGCAACCUGGACCUGUCACAUAUAGCUGUAGUUGGCGGCCAGAGCGCAGAGUAUGCUGAGUUCCUCCACUGUAAGGGAAAGACGUUUUCAGACUUUCAGGAGGUUUGUCGGGAGAUCGAAGCAGAGACCGUGAGACUGACUGGAACCAAUAAGGUCUCUCCUGUCCCCAUCAACCUACGAGUCUAUUCCCCUCACGUGUUGAACCUGACCCUGGUAGAUCUACCUGGCAUGACCAAGGUACCUGUAGGAGGUCAGCCUACUGAUGUAGAGUACCAGGAGAGAGACAUGAUCAUGCAGUUUAUCUGUAAAGACAACUGCCUGGUCCUGGCUGUUACUCCAGCUAACACGGGCCUGGCAAACUCUGAGGCGCUCAAACUGGCCAAGGACGUCGACCUUCAAGGCCAGCGGACCAUAGGGAUCACUAAGUUAGAUCUGAUGGACGAGGGAACAGAUGCCCAGCACAUACUCGAGAACAGGUUACUGCCACUACGUUACAUUGGGGUGGUGAAUCGUAGUCAGAAGGACAUUGAUGGGAGGAAGGACAUUAAGGCAGCUCUGGCUGGAGAGAGGAAGUUCUUCCUGUCUCACCCUGCAUACAGACACAUGGUUGACAGCAUGGGUACCACACCUCUGAAGAGAGUCCUCAACCAGCAACUGACCAACCACAUCCGAGACAGUCUAAAAGUGUUCUGCAGUCGUCUCCAGAGCCAGCUCCUACCACUGGACAAAGAGGCUAAGGAGUUCAAACACUACAGAGCUGACGACCCUGCACGCAAGACCAAGUCCCUGCUACUGCUGGUGCAGCAGUUUGCAGCAGACUUUGAGAAGCAUAUCGAGGGCUUAGGAGACCAGGUGGACACCAUAGAACUGUCUGGAGGAGCCAAGAUCAACCGCAUCUUCCACGAACGCUUCCACUUGGAACUGGUCACGAUGGAAUCUGAUGAGAGGGAGUUGCGACGGGAGAUCAGCUAUGUCAUCAAGAACAUCCACGGCAUCAGGACAGGUUUGUUUACCCCAGACCAGGCGUUUGAGGCCAUAAUGAAGAGACAGAUAGUCAAGCUGAACGAUCCCUGUAUUAAAUGUGUGGACAUGGUCCUCCAGAAGCUGAUCACCACUGUGCGCUGAUGCACCACCAAGGUACCCACUGCUGUGUCUGUGUGCGUGCUUGUGUACAUUAUUCAGACCAAUAAGAAGGGCGCUGCAGGAAACCAGGUCAUCCGUAAGGGCUGGCUUACCAUCAACAGUAUCAUCAAGGGUGGGACCAAGGAGUACUGGUUUGUCCUGACCGCUGAGAGCCUGUCCUGGUUCAAGGAUGAUAAGGAGAAAGAGAAGAAGUACAUGUUACCAUUGGAUAACCUGAAGCUGAGAGGUGUGAAGAGCAGCUUCAUGUCCAGUAAACAUGCCUACUCCAUCUUCAGCACCGAACAGAGGAACGUGUAUAAGGACUACGGGUUCCUGGAGCUGGCGUUUGGCUCUCAGGAGGAGGUAGACAGCUGGAAAGCUUCUCUGCUGAGAGCCGGAGUCUAUCCUGAGAAAGUCACUGUUGAUAAGGAGAGUUAUGGUUCUAGUGAUAGUUUCUCUAUGGACCCUCAGUUGGAGCGUCAAGUAGAGACCAUCCGGAACCUGGUGGACUCCUACAUGAACAUCGUUUACAAAGCCAUUAGAGACCUCGUGCCCAAGACCGCCAUGCACCUCAUGGUCAACAACGUAAAGGAGUACAUCAGUAAUGACCUGGUGCAGCUCUACUCUCUAACAGAGAAGUGUCCAUUCCUCUACCUCCUCCUGUUGACUCCUUCUGGCUGCAUGGAGCCCCUGCGACCAGCCGCAGAGCCCCCACCCUCCACCAGAGGCCCCACCUCCAUGACACUACUAGUCUCCUCCGUGCUGCACCUCAUCCUUAUGGACCAACCAGCAACAACGCUGAUACCAACCAGUCUCCACCAGGCGGACUUAUCAGAUUGCCCCCCAAUGUACCCAGGAAAAGCACAAGCCCCUUUCUCUUAUUUCACAUCACAGGAACACUCUGCCAGCACACACACACCACAAGAUUCCUUUGUCUCUACAGGGAUCUUUCCUGGAGGCAACCCCCGGCUGUCCCCAUGAAACCAUCGCAAUGACCCCCCUCCCCUCAACACAACCCUGCCUCUUAUAGGCUGUACGAUGGAGUUGUCCUAUCAAUCAGAUGGAUUAUUUCAACUAAUUUCCCAAUUCGUAGACCUAUCCCCAAAGCACUUUUAUUCCCAACAUUCCAGACACUUUCAUAGAUCUGAAAUGAUUGGGUAGGUGUAAUCAAUGUGGUGAUAAUUCCUUUUAGUCUAUCAGAGGGAAAUGUGGAGCAAUCACCAUUUUUUAAAUCUGUUAUUUUACCAGGUUAGUUGACUGAGAACACAUUCUCAUUUGCAGCAACGACCUGGGGAAUAGUUACAGUGGAGAGGAGGGGGAUGAAUGAGC